AUGCAAGCCGCAAACCACCUCCAAAGAGCCCUCAAAGCAGGGAGCCCAGCUUUCGGAGCAUGGCAAAUGCUUCCCGGCACGAAUCUGACCAGAGAAAUAUGCAGAUCAGCUCCCAAUAUUGACUGGCUCCUAAUCGACUUAGAGCACGGGAACAUCUCCGACGAUUUAAUGCACGAUAUUGUCGCUGCCGCCGCCGCCUGCGGGGUCUCACCAAUUGUCCGUGUCAUGGAGGGAGAACGCUGGAUGAUCAAACGAGCGCUGGACAGUGGCGCACAUGUUAUCUUGGUACCUGUCAUUGAAACAGUUGAAGAUGCGAAGAAAGUGUUCCUGGCCUCGUUUUCGGGUGAAGAGAACUGCCUCUGUUUUCUCUGCGUCAAACUGGACUUGAUGUAUCUGGCCCCAGCGUUUGAACCUUUACUCGCCGUGGAGAAAUUCGUCGACCAGCACCCACACGGCACGGUGAAACAGCUGACAGGGACAGAGUAUUUGCAGCAAGCGGAUAGUUCUCUUGUGAUUGCUGUUCAAAUUGAGACGCAGGGUGCCCUGGAGAAAGUCAAGGAAAUUGCCGCUCUUCCUGGAAUAGAUGUGCUGUUCAUCGGACCUUUCGAUCUUGGAAUGAAUAUCGGGCACCCGAUUAGUGACUCGGGCGUGUAUGAUCAAGAACUUCUUGAUGCAAUUCAGAGUGUUCAUGAGGAUGCAAGGGCUGCUGGAAAACUAUGUGGUAUUUAUUGUGACACGAGGGAAGAGGGAAGAGAGUAUAUGAAUAAAGGAUUUCAGAUGGUCAGUGUGAUGACGGAUAUGGUCGGAACUCGGAAGACAUUUAGACGGGCGUUUUAUGAUGCGCAGAAGGAGUGA